GUAGGGGGAAUAGGGAUGGUGGCAGUAGCAGUUCAUGAAGGCAGCCCUCUUGGCGAGCUACAUCGUUGUGUCAGAGAUGGUAUAAAAGUCAAUGUACAUAUCCGAACGUUCAAGGGACUGCGUGGAGUCUGCACAGGAUUUUUGGUUGCAUUUGACAAAUUCUGGAAUAUGGCCCUGACAGAUGUAGAUGAGACAUACAGAAAACCUGUACUGGGCAAAGCAUUCUACAAUGAACCUCAGCUGACUCUUACGAGGCUGUUUGACAGACUCAAACUGCAGGAAUCCUUGAUAAAGAAGGGAGCUGACUCUAGGACUGCAACAGAGGAGCCAGCCCUGACAAAUGAAUCAAAGACCCUUGGACGGAAAGCUGGGUCAGGACGGGGCAAAGGAGAGGACGAGUGUGGGGUGCAGACAUUUUUGGGUGGAGCUGGAGAAACGAAGACAACGAAUGACGACUUGCAUCUGACAGUCAGGAGUAAGGCUGACCUACUGAGUGGGACUGCUCAGAUGCAGGGCACUAGUGCAGGGGGUGCUAAUGCAAAAGGCCAACCACGGAAAAAGCGGAGGCCCAAAGUGGAUUAUCAGCAGGUGUUUACGCGUCAUAUAAAUCAGAUAUUUAUCCGAGGCGAGAAUGUCUUGCUUGUUCAUUUAGCACAUUGACUUGGCUGAACCUUAGUAUAUUUAACGCAGCAUGAAUUGCAGCUACAGCUCUUGCUACUUAGCAUCGUUGUGAAGUACCGUGGUUUUGUAGCAGUUUCCCUUCCUUUGACCAUAACAAGAGAAGGGAAUAGAUGCAAGUUUGUCAGGUUGUUGCAUCUUGAGCCAGCUGCCAGACCAACCCCUUUAAUGGAGACGGGCUAGCGACACUGAAGGCAAAUUCAGCAAGAGUUUGCCUUUGAAAAAUGAAGGAAAUGAGAAGAAUCCCAAAGCAGGACAGGAGGCUUCGUAACAGGAUAAAUUAAUUAGGUUGAGGGGCAAAAUCAGUGUGCUUGGUUGUGGAUUAAAACAGUCACCUCACGUUUAAAGAGUAUGCAACUCAGCAUGCAAUCUAAAUCGAAUGACCAAUGCUAAAUGUCUCAAUUGCAAGAGAAAUCCGUUUCUAGCAAAACCAACAAAUUACAUAAUUAGUUUAUAAUAAUUUAAAGUCUGGCAAAGAAUAAAAACUCUUGUAUCUUAAUGUGUAAGAGAAUCAAGAGCCCAUGCAAAAGAGGGACAACAGCAGUGGCGUUAAAUCAUUUGUUCCCUGCUGUGGCAGGCACAGCUCUGUAAAUGCACUCCAGUCCUGAGCUGCAGUACCUAUGUUGUCUAAACCUGUUUCUUGAACAAAGACUAAAAGGUUGGGGUGGUCUGAUAUGUCUAAAUAAGCACUUUAAGAUCUCUCUCUCUCUCUCUUCUCUCCCUUUCAAAAAAGAAAAAAAAACACCCUUUUUAAGUCAGGGUUUGAACUCCCUAACCUGCCAAUCAGCAGUUAAUGUAGUCUAGCCAAUAACUUUCUGACUUGUCAUUGCUUUAUGAAACACAAUACUUCAGUCUUUUAUAUUUCAUUCCACCCAUUUGCCACAUAGUAGAACAGUGAAAUGUGAGGCUGUACUUUUCUUGUCAGAUUUGAAAAAUAAUUUGUACCUAGCACAGUUGUACUGUGUCUAAGCGCCUUUGAAGUUUUCUCUCUUGAAACCUGAGAUGCUCCCUCUCUGGCAGUUCUGAUGGGACCACAAAUCUUAGUGAUUCUUUCUGGGUAGUAUAUGAAUGGUACUCCCUCUAAUUCCAGUUGAAUUGAAUCUCAGAGAUGUACUUAACAUUAUUAUAAACAUAAAAUUAAUGCUAAGUCCCAGCAAACUGUGUUCCUUUCCUCAUACCUAAAUCAUUGAAGAAUAGCCUCAAACCUGUGCAGUAUAUAAACUGUUAACCAGAAACUAUGGGCAAAUUCCUUGAGUCAAACGGUAGACAUGAUGACCAUUAUAUCAUCUAAUCUGAUCUCCUGGUGUCUGACCCCAAAAUUGGGGGAGGGGCAAAUAGUGAAAAGGACCAGUCACUGAUUCAGAGUGAUCUGGAUCAUGGUAAGCUGGGUCCAAGCAAACAAGCAUUUGAAUAUGGCAGAUUGUAAAGGUAUACAUCUAGGAACUAAGAAUGUCAGUCAUGCAGGAUGAGGCGACUAUCCAUGGAAACAGUGACUUUGAAAAAGGUUUGGGUGUCAUGAUGGAUAAUCACCAGAACAUGAGCUCCCAAAGUGUUGCAGUGACCAAAGGAGCUAAUGCAGUCCUGGGAUGCAUAAAUGGGUAUCUUGAGUGGGAGUAGAGAUGUAAUUUUUACCUUUCUAUUUGGCAUCGGUGUGACAUCUGCUGGAAUUAUGUCUACUCCUGGUGCCAACAAUCAUAGAAAGAUGGUGAUGAAUUGGAGAGGGUUCAGAGAGGAGGCUCCAAAAUGAUUUCACAGCCCCAGUACGUUUUCUAAUCUUUAAAUCACUUGGGUUUAACCAGUAAACCGAUUAAGUAGGAUCCCCCUCCCCACAUAUGCAGGGAGUUUAGCUUCUGCUCCCGGCUCCCCAAGUGUGCGGCUCCUGCUCCCGCCUCCUCUUUCCUCCUUCCCCCUCCCCCGUGGGGGGAUAGCUCCCAACCCCCGUGGGGCUCCUGCACCAUACACGAUUAGGGUGGUGCUUACCCGUUAACGAGUUACAUUUUAAGGAUAUGAAUGGGAACCUUAGUGGUAGACUCCAAUAACUUAAUCUAUUUAUUUUUAACAAAGAGAAAGUUGAGUGACUUAAUUACAGUCUGAGUAACAAAUAUUUAAUAAUGGGCUCUUCAGCUUAUCAGAGAAAGGUAAAACAUGAUUCAAUGGCUGGAACUUGAAACUAGACUGGAAAUAAAUCGUACACAUUUUUAGCAGUAAAUAUAAUUAACCAAUAGAAAAAUUUACCAAGGUUUGUGGCGGAUUCCCCAUUGUUAAUUAUUUUAAAUCAAGAAUAGCUGUUUUUCUAAAAAUCUGCUCUUGCAAUUAUUUUGGGACUGGUCUCUGGCCCAUUUCUUACAGGAGGCCAGACUAGAUUAUCACAGCUGUCCCUUUUGGUUGGAAUCUAUAUUCCAGGCCUAUACAUUUCACUCAUGUACUCUUGUAUUGAUUUCACUUAUUUGAUGGUGCACAGCAACUCCCUGCUAAAACGAGGAGUAGGAGAUGGGAGAACAACUUUCUUAAUGCUUUAUAACUUGAGCGUAAUGCACUGAAGAGUCAGUCCUAGAAUUUACUGGUUAUGCAAAACCAGUAAAUUAUGUAUGCUUUUUUAUAAUUAGGAAUACAUCUGAUACACACAUCGUUUAACAGGAGUUUCUGGAUGUUCAAAGCAGCCUUUUGUCCGGUGGGCUGUUUGAAACUUAUCUAGACAUUUCAAAUAAAGCACCUAUUAGGGCUUGAAUAUCUGAUGGGAGAAGAUGCUGAGUUUCCAGUUAAAAUCCAGGCUGUGAUAGUAAAGAUUCAAAUGGGAUCUAAACACUGAAUACUAUAGUGGGAAUAAAACAAAUGCAAUAAGAUUCUGAAAACUUGCUAUGGAAAUGAGCGAAUUACUGUAACUACUUGUAAUGAACAGAGCUUUGUUACCAGAACCACCACAUACUCUCUGAGCUCAGACUUUGGCCACUGAAAAGGCUUCUCUGAUUUCAGGCUCUGUUCGUCCUUUUAAGCGCCCCCCCUCUUCUCCCUCGCACCAUUUUUAAAUGCCUAUUGAUUCUUCCCUCUCCUUGCAUUCCUUUCUAAAAUCUUAUUUUCAUCUUUGCCCUUAAUUCACUCAGAUUUUCCAGUUUGGCUUUCUAUUAGGUCACUUUAUUGAGAGAGCUCUUGUAAGAGUUAUUAAAUCCUUGCUUGAGGUCACAGCCAAAGAUUUUACCUCUGUUCUUGACCUCUCAGUAUCUUCUGUCACUAUGGGUGACAGUUCUUUUUUUCAUUUCCUCAGCUGUUUUUUUGACUCUGCACUGCAAUAUUUUUUGUCUAGUUUUGUUUCUUAGAGUAUCCUGUGACAAUCAUUUCUCUGUCUCUCAUCCAUUCUCAGACCAAAGGGCUCUGUUCUGGGUCCUCUAUUCUACGUUUUCCAAUUCAUUUGCUAGGUGUGAUUAACUCUGCUUGGACCCAGUCAUCCAGUAACAUUCAUUUGUGUUCUUCCUUUCUUUUUUUUCAUGUAUCUAUAAUUCUUUCUACUUUGCUUAAUUCCAUUUCCACCUAGACUAAUGCCACUGGCCUUAAAUUAUAUAUGACCAAGAUGAAUGUUCGUUAUCUCCACUGCUUGCUUUUUUUAUUUGAUGGGAGUAUCAACAACAAUCUAGUCUUGAUGCUAUCUUGGACCAACAACUCCCUCCCCCCCUUCUCUUUUUAAACCUUGUAGAUAUUGCCUUCAGAACUGUCCCAUCCAUAGGAUGGUUUAGGGCCGCUGACACACAUGCUGCGCUUUGGGGGCCCCCGCAGCAGAUGCCUCUACCAUCCUGUGGAUGGGUUCUAGGCCCAGAGGAUUACUAUGGGUCCUGGGGCAGGGUGGUUGUGAGUCACUCCUUGACCUCUUCACUCACCACAGUGGUGGGAUGUGGAGCGGCCCAGCAGCCUGCUCUACCUAAUUCUGCUGUUCUCUCCCAGACUGCUGCACUCUGCUUCACUGUGGCAGCAGCAGGUAACCGAGUGCCCAAGGUUGUCUGCUUGAUGCUGCCUUGGUGAAGCGGGGCGCAACAGGCUGGGAUAGGGUGGUGGGAUGGAAGGAGCGGGGUUCUGUGUUGCUCCAGCUCCUGCUACUGUCGUAAGUGUGGGAGGAUAUGCUGACCCCUGCUGCCCCACACCAGGUCCCCCUUAAUUCCCUGAGUUGCAUUGCUUGUGGGGGAGUGGGCAUUGGCAAUGGGGCUAGAAGGGUGGGACUUGGAGGAAGGGGUGCGGCAAGGAUGGAGCAAGGUAGUGCCUGCAAUUGGAAGGUUGUCCUGGGCCUAGGACACUGGCUGGGGGUUGCCCCAGGCCCUGCACCCUUCUAGGGACAGCCCUGGUCAUCUUAUCAACAUAUUAUAUCUGUAAGUUUCUUUUUCACAUUUCAGUAAAAAUCUUCAUCCUUGAGCUGCUUGUUUUGUGCCUUGAUGUCUGCAUUGCUGUUGAUAUGCUUUUCCAAAAGCAUCUCAUCAGCUACCUUGGUUGAUUAACCAUUCAACAUGUACCUUGUUGCUUCUCUCCAUUCAUGUUGCUUCUUCUGUCAUUUCACUGUCUUGCUGUCUCUCUGUGCUACCAGUUUUAAAUUUUUUUCUUGUACUUCAGCACUUGAUCUGGUCCUUCUUCCUUUUAUUGCUCCUCUCCAUUCCCGUUCAUAUCUCUAUGUUUCUAAAUAUUGUCCUCCUCUUUCAAUAGCCACAGAUCUGGUGCUUUCUUUCCCUCCCUCACCUCCUUCUGAUGUGAUUUUUUUUUUAAACCCUUCUUCAAAAUUAUCUCUGGUAAGUGUAAUAUAUUCUCACUCAGCCACAAACAAGUCAGUAAUGGUCUUGUGUUUCUUUUAUGCAUAUCAUGCUCUUUGGAUAAAAGUUACUAUCAAGGGCUUAUUUCUAUUAGCAGUCAUUCUGGAAUAGCUAUUCUUAAUAAACUCCAUGUGUGGACAUAGUGGCUACGUCUACACUGGCCCCUUUUUCGGAAGGGGCAUGCUAAUUUUCAACUUCGGAAUAGGGAAAUCCGCAGGGGAUUUAAAUAUCCCCUGCGGGAUUUAAAUAAAGAUGUCUGCCGCUUUUUUUCCGGCUUGGGGAAAAGCCGGAAAAAAGCGUCUAGACUGGCCCGAUCCUCCGGAAUAAAGCCCUAUUCCGGAGGAUCUCUUAUUCCUACUUCAAAGACAUCUUUAUUUAAAUCCCGCGGGGGAUAUUUAAAUCCCCCGCGGAUUUCCCUAUUCCGAAGUUGAAAAUUAGCAUGCCCCGUCCGAAAAAGGGGCCAGUGUAGACGUAGCCAGUUAUUGAGUGCUAACUAGACCAGAUAAUAUGCUUUAAAAUUCACACUCAACCUUAUUCUAGAUUAACCAUAUGUUAAUAAGCCCUAAAUAAAAUAUUUGAUCUUGUGGAAUCAAUUUUUCUACAUCGUCUAAAUCUUCAUAUGCCUGUCACUCCUGUGGCACCUUAGAGACUCACAAAAACUCAUGGUAUUGUAUAUUUUGGUUAGUCUCUAAGGUGCCACAGGAUUACUCAUUGUUUUUAAAGUUACAGACUGACAUUGCUACCCCUCUGAGACUAAAUCUUCAUGUUAAACUUUACAAAACAAUAAUUAAAUAGAUUUCCUAAUUUAUAUUUGUUCUUGAUUCUUUUCCUCCUAGGUUAUUUUUACCUAAAAUUGGGGUCUUUGUUACAUACAUAUACUGUUUGCUCCAAUUCGUCAUUUACCACAGCAACUAAAUGUGGUAUCACAAAUGACAGAACUUUAGGUGAAGAACAAACAGUAGAAAUGGAUGGGGAAACAAAGAACUAAGUGAAACUGUUGAGACUUUAGACAGAAUAACUGGUACACUGGUAAGAAUUGGACAUACCAGUUACAUUCAGUCUAGGUUUUUUUUAUCACUUUUCAAGAUGAUAGGACAACAGUGAUUCACAAGAUGUAUGUUUUAGAUGUGCCAAAUUUUAUCACAUGAAACAAAGUCCUCUAAACUACCUUUGAAGAAGGGUCAUGAAAACCUGUUAAAUAUUAGAAAUGAUUCUAAAGUACUAAGAAAAUAUAGAAUCUGUGGAAUCAUUUUCUUGUCAGCUAUUGUAAUGAUGAAAGGUUCUUGAAUCAAACAGCUGUCACAAUGUGCUAUGGACACAAUAUAAUGGAAAAAAACCUAAUAUUGCUUUACUUUUUUGUAAAGAGAUCUUUAAACCAGAGCUCUAUCCCCAUUGGAUCAGAACUGUUAGUUGCAGUUGUAUGUCUUCAUGGAAGCUGCUAAGGAGAGUUACUGCAUAGUUCAGCUUGGGUGUUCAAAUACAGGUGAAGAUGCUGUGGUCUUGAUUCUUUUUGUGGGCAAGGCAAGAGUGGUUUGCAGAGUUUUCCUGCCGUGAUAUUAGUUGUCUCUUAAAUGUGAGUCUUGCAUCAUCAUAAAUGAGCCCAAAGAAGUGGAACCAGCCUUAACAAAGUAUAAAAUGUUUGUUCCUCUUCUAAACCGAUUCACCUCUCUUUGGGUAACUGAUAGAAGAUUUUCAUUAUCUCCUGCCAGGUACUUUUACUGAGUGUCUAAUCUAGUGAUUCUCCCUCAUGACCAGGAUUGUUAUUCCAGGUAUGGAUUUCCUUUGUGCAAAUUUUGGAGAUAGAUGUAGACUGUCAGCUGGCAUAGGUCUCUAGACAGAGACAUGGGCUAUUGCUUGGUACAGAGCAACUGGGCAGACCUUCUAGACUCCAUCUUCAAGCAGAGUCCUUAAUUGGGAUUCUUCUUUAAUCUGGUGUGACUGCAGGGUUUUUUUAUUUUAUUUUUGUUCUUUCCUCCUCCCAUGGAGAGAGGUUUCCUAGUUCGUUACAAAAGAGAUCUGCAUCCUCUCUUCAGCCUACUUUCCAAGAGAGAGCCUACUGUGGAAUGACUGUCCAGAAAUAAACCCAAAUACAUGCAAGACCUGAAGUCAGUGGUGCACAAAGUGUCUUUGAAAGUGAACUUCCAUUCAUGCCUAAAUCCCGAGAGACAGCUAUGGUUCUGUUCCUGAGAAGGGCAUGUCUAAUCCACGCAUGUCAUCACAUUUUCAAAAUGUGCAGGUGGAAAAUUCUUUGGGAAACUACCAGAGAACUGUAACAAAUAAGAUUCCCCUUCCGUAGUUGGGAGAAAAGAGAUUUCAGACCAUCCAACCAAAGGGAAAAUACUCCUUUCAAGGCUUCAGUUCUUUCUAGGCUUGAUGGCAGCUACUGGAGAGAGGGCUAGUUUCACAAGUAAACAAAUAUCAUGUCUAAUCCUCCUUUGGCCACAUGCCUAUGAACCAGAGCUCUAGGGGGAUAGACUCAUUCAGUUUGCGGACACCUACACCUUCACGUCCAAGAGAGGAGUUCUAGACAAAGCCCAGUGUACACCUGCCUCUUGCCAGCAUUGUAGGGGGGACUCACCUUGCAUCAGAAGAUGAUUCCUGAGCGGGGAGCACAGCUGCUUAAUCUUCAGAGAUCCAUUCAGCAGCACUGUGGAUGCUUAUCUUCAUGUUUCAAUUUCUGCAGAAGCUUGGCAGAUUCUAAGACCCAUCCAGCCAUCAUCCUGGUAUCAGGUGCUGCAGAGCAGGGCAAUGUAAUUAUUGUGGAGUCACUCUGAGGUAUGAUCAGGUGUGUCCAAUUAACUCCAGUGUGGGAGCAUGUGGUCGAGUGCCUCCCUUGAAGGCAGAGGGAAGCGGGGGCAGACAGGCACUUCAGGGAAAUCUUCAAGCUGCCGAACUCUAGGACAGCAUUUAAGAUGAAGUCCACAUUCCUUUCUGUUACCAAAACUGAGGGGGUAAGUCCGGAGAGAAUGUGUGCGCUCUGUUCAGAACUGUGGCAAUGCUGUAAUGACACCGCUUCUGCCAAUAUCUUUGUCUUGCCAUCAAAGUAAUAUCAGUGACACAUUCUGUCUAUGAAGGCAGUGCUGUGUGUUGCAUGCCUACAAAGUGGUCCUAAGAUUUUAUUUCAAGGAUAUGCUACACUUCUUCAGAGGUCACGAGAUUGAAUUUCCUUCCUUCUGUCCGAACUCUACCUCAAGAGGAGAGUAGCUUCACCUGGAUGUAAGGAAAGCACUUGAGCUUUACAUGGAAUGGACAGGUGCCUUCAGCAAGUUCACAGUCCACAGCUGUCCGUGCCAUGUAUGAUUAAGGAGAGAAGGGGCCUUUGUCUUUAGGCGUCUUAUGGUUAAAAUUAUAUGGUGAAGUUUACCAAUCUAAGCUCCUGUUCUUUCUAGACUAUAUUAUUGCCCAUCAGACCAGAUCCACAUUGGCAUUCUGGCAGGAAAAUCUCAGGCCAACCAUAAAGAGAUUGACAAGGGAGGCAACUUAUUCUCCAUCUGUAUGGAUGUUGAACAAUUCUAGGAAUGCAAGUGCAGUUGGUCUCUUGGGAUAGGGUAAUUUUACUAUCUUGGUUACAACCAUCUUGCCACCUCCACUGGGAUAGAGAUGCUCAUGUAGCCUGCUCAUGAACCUAUGUUGCCCAUCGCUGCCUCAGCCCAUCCUUUGGAUUUCACCACCAUCAAAAUCCCAUGCUAAGAAAUGGUGAAGCUGGGUAUGAACACAGAGGAGAAAGGUAUUUCCUUAUCUGGCACCAGCUUUUCUUCUCUAACCUCCUCAGAAAUUGGCCAGCAUUGGGUGGCUUGUGCUCUGUAGACAACAUGGAAAGUGUUAAGAGAAAGCGUUCACAGCUUCAAGACUUCCAUGACAUCAGUUCUCUGCAAAUUUUACCGCACAUGAAACAACACACACAUUGGCAGUGGAGAGGACCCACCCACCCCACCCUACUCUGCUUACUGACGUGUUUUAUCCUACCUCCAAAAUUUUCAGAAGAAACCCAUUGGGGAAAGAAAAACCAGGCAAGCAAAUUUCUUUUUUGCACUGGAGAUAGACUGGAGUCUUGGUGAUGUUUGUUCAUUUCCUAGGAAGAGAGGAGAAGGGAGUACUUUAAUGGGGGAAUAUAAGAGGUGGCUUGUCUCAUGUUUACAAGCCCUUUAUGUAUCAUAAGUGCUCUUGCUCUCUGCUGACAAAAGUGAAAGCUUGUCAAGGAAGGGAGAAACGGCUUCUGAUGUUCCCAGAUAGUUAUUUUAUUAGCUUCUAGCUUCAUAGCAUACAGUAGGGUGACUUAGCUGACGAAAAUUAGUACACCUGAGACUGUGUCAGCCUGGUAUUCGUUGAGAAUGAAAAGUAGCUUGAUCAAUUUGUAUAAAAACAUAUCCAUCCUUUCCUCUCAAAAGAUCCGGGCUGUCCCUCAGGAAAGAAAUGAACGUAGUGCCUGUUCCUUUAGCAAUUGCUUCUGAUUUUUACCGCUUCAGAGCAAAGUGAAGCUGGAUCAUUGUGUCUUCUACUUGAUAUAUCAUUUGAAGCUGAGAAACUGAGAAAUGUUUCACUUAUUUAAAACCUAAAAUGGGCAUUAUUAGGGGAGUUGACUGGCUGACUGUUGUUCUGAUGCUGCUUGUAGCCAAUGUAGCUGUAAGGGUUGGAACUUGCAAAUCAGUUACCACUGUAGAAAGCUACAUGAAUCCUAGGAGAACCGCAUGAUCUAGUGGAUUGAGCUCAGGACUGGGAGUAAGGAGCUGCUGGGUUUUAAUCCUGCUGCAUGGCAAGUUUAUUGUCUCUCUGACUCCCUUUCCACAUCUGCUUAUCUCACAGGUAUGCACUGUAUAAAUGCCAAGUAUUCUUAAAGCCAUAAUACAUCAGGUGGAGCAGAGAUUCAGGUUGCCUGCCCUCUAUAGCACUUGCCCUUUUAGCUUUGUGUCACGACACAUUACAGAUGUUCACAUAUCAGCCGUAGCACCUCAGUCCUGAAAUUGUGUCUGCCAGGCUACACCUGGAGUGACUGCACAUUUUUAUUUUACUUCUGGAAUACUAUGAUCUGGUAAAACGUGUAUAAACAAGUGUGUAUGAUAAACUUGCUCAUAAUUAUCAUUGUCUUCCUAAACAUUUACUUUCUAUGGAGGAAUUGCUGCUAUGAAUUGAACAAAGAAUUUACUCUCCAGAUAUACAAAUAUUUGUAUAAGAGCGCUGAAACUGCAAAGCAAUAAAUAUCUGUAUAAUGCU